AUGGCAGGUGGCACGAGUCUUUGGUUCAGUCAGGACGCCAAGAAUGAUCCAAGAGAGAUCUUCAACUUCCGACUCUUCUAUCUGCUUGUCACUGUCGCUUGGGCAGGUUGCUUUUACGGCUUUGACUCUGGUAACAUCGGCGGCAUCUUGACUUUGCCUUCCUUUGAACAUGCAUUCGGGUUAGCUGACCUGGACGGAGCUGAGCUCGAUCGGCGUAAGGGGAUCAUCGCCGCCAUGCUUGCAGCAGGUGCUUCUGCCGGUGCUCUCCUUGCGUGGCCUACAUCCGACAUCUUCGGGCGCAAGUGGUCAGUGUUCUUCUGGGGCAUCAUCUUUGUCAUUGGUGCGGCUAUGCAGAUGGUCGCCAAUUACCAAGUCCUCCUGGCUGGCCGCUUCAUCGGGGGCUUGGGCGUCGGCGCGAGCUCGAUGCUGAGCCCCCAAUUCCUCGCCGAGAACUCGCCCAAAUCCGUUCGCGGUUCCUUCGUCGCCAUGUACAAUCUCAUGAUCGUCACGGCCCUGAUGCUCGCCUUCUUCAUCAACUAUGGUGUUAGUUUGUGGAACACCUCAGCCACCAACGACGGCCAGUGGCGAUCUGCCAUGGGCAUCCAGAUCAUCCCAGGUGUUCUCAUGUGCAUCAUGAUCCCAUUUGUGCCCGAAACACCGAGAUACCUUAUCAACCAUGGCCGCUCGGAAGAGGGACUAAAGAACUUGACUAAACUUCGAAAGCUGCCGGCCGAACACAUCUACGUGCAGACUGAGUACCAGGAGAUUGAGGCACAAGUCCGCAGCGAACAAGAGGCACGUCAAGGUCAUAGCAUAUGGGCCAUCGUUCAGGACAUUCUUCUUGUCACCAGCAAUCGCCGGCGCUUUUUUCUCGCAGUCAUGCUGUUCCUGUUCCACAAGUUCACUGGCACCGACAGUCUCAACUAUUACGCUCCUUCAAUAUUUCAGCUGAUUGGUGUGAAGGGGAAUAGUAAUACUUUGCUGACGACUGGCAUCUAUGGCGUCGUCAAGGUUGUGACAACAAUCUUUUACGUGGGAUUUCUGGUAGACCGGAUUGGACGACGACGCCCACUACUCGUUGGAGCCCUCAUCCAAGCCACUGCCAUGCUCUACCUCGCCCUUUACAUCCGUUUCAGCGGAGGCAAUUCUAGCACCGACAGCGUUGGGGGCACACCAGCUGGUGGAAUAGUCGGCAUCAUUUUCAUCUAUCUCUAUGCCUUUGGCUGGUCCUUUGGGCACUCGGUCGCAUGCUACGUUGUCGCUGCCGAGAUAUUCCCCACGCGGAUCCGUUCCGUGUGCAUGUCGUUCUGCUUCUUUGUGAACUGGAUUGUCGACUACGGCAUUACCCAGGCUACGCCACUGAUGCUCUCCGAGAUGGGAUGGGGUACGUUUCUUCUUUAUGCCAUGCUCACGUAUGUAGGCUUUGUCUUUGUCUACUUCUGCCUUCCGGAGAUGAAGGGGCGUUCCAUCGAGAGCAUGGACGACCUGUUCCAGAGACCGCUGUGGACAAUGUGGCGGCAUGCGUACCCCACGGAGGAGGAGAAGGGAGAAAAUCAAAAGCCACCCUCCUUUUUCACCUUGAACACUGGAGCCAAAAUACCAGCCGUUGGGUUUGGCACUUGGAAAGCUGCACCAGGAGAUGCAGCCCGCGCUGUCGAGGUGGCCUUCGCAGCGGGCUAUCGACACUUUGACUGCGCCCCUCUGUACGGCAAUGAAGCAGAGAUAGGCUGCGUCUUUAAAAAGCCUCCUGUGGCCCGGUCUGACUUCUUUGUGACCACUAAACUGUGGUCUUCUGACCACCGUCGGGCGGGGAGCGCUCUCGACAAGUCCCUGCAAGACCUCGGCCUGGACUAUGUCGACCUCUGGCUCAUGCACUGGCCCGUCACGCUUCCCAGCCCGGACCAAACAGGUGCCGAGUACGGCAAGGAAGACCGCAAGACGCACGACCCGGAGUGGAACUUCUGUGAUACCUGGCGCGAGAUGGAGAAGAUCCUCCAGGACGGCACGGGCAGGGUGCGCGCGAUUGGUGUGGCCAACUUCUCGACUGUGAACCUCGCCAAGUUGUUGGCAAGUGCUACGGUUGUGCCAGCCGUCAAUCAGACCGAGAUCCAGCCGCUACUGCCCCAGAAUAAACUGCAUGAAUUCUGCGCGGCCAAGGGCAUCCAUCAGACGGCAUUUGGACCCCUUGGCGGGUCUGGAAGCACCCUGCACGAGGAACCUGUCAUCACAGAGAUCGCCAGCAAGAGAGGGGUGGCGACGGGAAAUGUGAUGCUGAGCUGGGGAAUCGCCAAGGGAUGGAGUGUUAUUCCUAAGAGCACCACCCCAUCGAGGAUCCAGGCGAACCUGAGAGACAAUUUUGUGCUAGACGAGGACGAGAUGAGGCGGAUUGACGAGCUGGCUAAGACUAAAGGCAGGCGAUUCAACCGGCCAGACUGGGGCACGACCAUUUUUCACGAUGACGAUGAUCAGUCUUGA